CUGCGGUGGGGAUGCUGAGGAGCGCCGGCUUUGCGAGCAGCGCUGGCCACUGCGGACUUCCGAGGCACUCCGGGCCGUGAGAACCCCUGCUGCGUGACCAACCCCAGGCCUCCUAGGCCGGCCGCAGUUCCCCAAGCCGGGCUGGAAGGAGUGUCCGGCGUGGUAGCGCCGGUUCUCGGUAUCCCGAGAGACACCCCGGGGUUCUCGAGCUUCCCCGGCGACCCCUAGCCCCGGCCUCCUGCGAGCGCUCGCCCCAGACCCCCUCGGGUGCCCCAGGCGCGGACGACCCGCGGCUGGGUCCUGGCGCACACCAUGAUCGUUGCGGACUCCGAGUGCCGUGCGGAGAUCAAGGGCUACCUGCCGUUCGCCAGGGGCGGCGUCGCGGGCCCCGGGACCCGAGAGGAGCAUCAGGAGGGCCGGGCUCGGCGAGGCCCUAGAGGACCCAGUGCCUUCAUUCCAGCAGAGGAGCAGAUCCUUCCCGAAGGAGCUGAGAGCCUGGAGCAGCACCUGGGACUCGAGGCUCUGAUGUCCUCCGGGCGGGUGGAUAAUCUGGCGGUAGUGAUGGGCCUCCACCCCGACUACCUUAGCAGCUUUUGGCGUCUCCACUAUCUGCUGCUGCAUACAGACGGGCCCCUGGCCAGCUCUUGGCGUCACUACAUUGCCAUCAUGGCAGCUGCCCGCCACCAGUGUUCUUACCUGGUGGGCUCCCACAUGACCGAGUUCCUGCAGACUGGUGGUGACCCGGAGUGGCUGCUGGGCCUCCACCGGGCACCUGAAAAGCUUCGCAAACUCAGUGAGAUCAACAAGUUGCUGGCACAUCGGCCGUGGCUCAUCACCAAGGAGCAUAUCCAGGCCUUACUGAAGACUGGAGAGCACAGCUGGUCCCUGGCUGAACUCAUCCAAGCUCUGGUCCUGCUCACACACUGCCACUCCCUGGCCUCCUUCGUGUUUGGCUGUGGAAUACUUCCUGAAGGAGACGCAGAGGGAAGUCCUGCCUCACAGGCACCCUCGCCCCCCAGUGAGCACGGAAGUCCCCCAAGUGGAGACCCAUUGAACAACUCUGGGGGCUUCGAAGCCGCCCGUGAUGUAGAAGCCUUGAUGGAACGCAUGAGGCAGCUGCAGGAGAGCCUGCUGCGAGAUGAGGGAGCUUCCCAGGAGGAAAUGGAGAACCGUUUUGAGCUGGAGAAAUCAGAAAGUCUGCUGGUAACCCCCUCAGCGGAUAUCCUGGAGACCUCUCCACACCCAGACAUUCUAUGCUUUGUGGAAGACCCCACAUUUGGGUAUGAAGACUUCACUCGUCGAGGGACUCAGGCCCCGCCUACCUUCCGAGCCCAGGAUUAUACCUGGGAAGACCAUGGCUACUCACUGAUCCAGCGGCUCUACCCUGAGGGAGGACAGCUGCUGGAUGAGAAGUUUCAGGUAGCCUACAGCCUCACCUAUAACACCAUCGCCAUGCACAGUGGUGUGGACACCUCCAUGCUCCGAAGGGCCAUCUGGAACUACAUCCACUGUGUCUUUGGCAUCAGAUACGAUGACUACGACUAUGGGGAGGUAAACCAACUCCUGGAAAGGAACCUCAAAAUUUACAUCAAGACCGUGGCCUGCUACCCAGAGAAGACAACCCGCAGGAUGUACCACCUCUUCUGGAGGCACUUCCGCCACUCAGAGAAGGUUCACGUGAACUUGUUGCUCCUGGAGGCCCGGAUGCAAGCAGCCCUGCUCUAUGCCCUCCGUGCCAUCACCCGCUACAUGACCUGACUCCCUCCCACGCAGGACCAGCACCCGGAGCAGCCAACCCUGGGGCAGUGUCCUCUGUACAGGAUUUCUGUGUCUGGAGACAGAUCCAGGACGAUCUCUGUCUCAUGUCCAUCCACCAGAUGCUAAGGAUGGGCAUGUGUGCGGUGUGCAGCUCCCUGGGCAAGCCACACCUUCCUUUCUCUUGCUGGACUGCACAGGAUUGUUGCACUGACUUUGGGGUCUCAGCUCUGCCCCUGGAGCUGGAAGACUAGGAAAGCCCAAGAGGCCAUACCCCCUUGUCUUUCUGGCUCCUAAAAACAGAUGAAGGCGAAAGGGUUGAGCUCAGAUUUACAUGCCAGCAGGUUGGGACCCAGGCAACACAAGUACUAGGACUGUCCUGGAUUGGGAAGCCCCUGACUGCCCCUGUGGGAGAGGACCAAAGACCUCCAGGGACUGACACUCCAGGAAGCUCACCUUCCCUCCAUCCUCAUUCUCCAAUUCAUUACCUCCCAUCCAUCUGCCUUCCACCCAUCAAUGUGAAAGUCGGACUCACAGCUGGUCUGUGCACCCAGUUUCCCCAAAGCCUGUUCUGCUGGGCAGCCUGGUUUUUGGUUGCCUGAAUAUUGGUUCAGUUUUUUUUUCUUUUCCUUUCUUUCUUUUUUUUUUUUUUUUUUUUUUUUUUUUUUUUGUCUCCUUUGCCCUCAUACCCUUUUCUCCCAUGCCUGUUGGGGUAUGGCCUGGGAGAGGGGCCAAACACAUCCAAAGAACAUACUGUCUCUGGAGAGUUGGUUCCCAUGUUGGUCCCUCUGCUGUCUGAAGAGUAAUGAGUAAAUGCCGAUGAACUCUGUAUUUGGGUCUUGUGGGCAAGGUCUGGCCUCUUAAGGACCUCACUGGAGCCAGAGUCAAGUCCUAGGAGGGAGGAGGUCCUGCUCUCGACUGUAUUGCCAUGCAGAGGCCGGUAGUCCAUUCUUCUGAUCCCUCGGGCUCUGCCAAGAAUGCUUGCCAAAACACUGAGCCUUUCUCAGGUGGCACCAGGCCCACCCAGUAAGAGGCAGAUACCAAGGUUCUCUUUCUCUUGGCUAAAAUGCCGCAUGUCUUGAAUCUCACGGUUGCAGACCGAGGGGUUGGCCUCAGUUUCUCAAGGUUUGAUGCUUUAUGCUAUCAGGCCAAACCAUCAACAGCAGGCUGAUUUUCUUGCAAGACCUUGAAGGCCUCUGGGAUCCUUAGUCUACAGUCAGCCUUCCAAGGGAACCACCCCCACCCCAGUGUCCCAUCUGUCUCCUCUCCUGGAUUUAAAUGGAUUGCUUGGCAGAAGCAGCCAAGGACUGACUGGCACUUUACAUAGCAAAACAACUGUGAAUUCUGACUUCCCUUCCCCUUCCACCAGCAGUAAGUAGGUGCCUCCUCUGGGCCAGUCCAGAGGUGUCUGAGAAAGUCAAGAACACACUGCUGCUGUUCCCAACUCUCCUCCAUUGGGCCAGGCAGAACAGGAGCCUGGCCAGUGUGCCACAUUUCAUACCCGUGCAGGCGCGGGACACAACUAGCACCCCCUCCAGGCUUGAAAGCCCUCCCUCAAUGAAGGUGGGCAAGAGGGGAGGGGAUCUCAGCAUGGGGAUAUGUUCUAGAGGGACAUGAUGACGCUCGGUGUCCCCUGGGUGGGCGGGAAGGGUAUUCAGUGUUAAAGUGCAGAAGUCUUUGGCCUUCCUUGUAAGCAGUUCUAGGUAAUAGAAAUAAAAGUUCGCUGAGGUUUGUUUUGUA